GGAGGCAUGUUCAGUCUCCAUGCAGUGCUUACCUCAAGCAGCUCCUGGAAGCAGUGCCAUGUCCCCCCUCUGGCUCCUACUGCCCCGUCCUCAGAUGCUGCCCCCACAGAUCCCAUUUGCCACGGUUCCCAGCCAAUGGGCUCAGAGCUACAGAGUCAGCACUUGGGGAGUGGGGAGCGGGGAGCGGAGGCAGCGUGCAGAGCUGCCUGGCUGCACCUCUGCCAGCAACAGCAGGGCCGGGGAGCUGCUUGUGCGGAGCGGCCCCCAGGGACCUCAACAUUGUUACUGUGGACACGUGUCUGUGUACAGACACAUUGCCGAUCACUGCCUAUGUGCACUUCUUGAUAAAGUUAAUUAAGUAUUUUAGGGGAAAGUGUCAGAGCGGCCACCAGCGAGAGUUGCUGGCUGCACUCUGAGGCCACCAAAAAUUUGGUUGUGAGAACCCCUGGGCUAGAUGCUCAUGGGCCCUUCUGACCUGAGAGCCUGUGAGUGGAACAGGAGCCGGACACAGAGAUGCUGCAGCGCGGUGGGUUGAUCGCUAGGACCCAGGAGCAGCUGGGAGGCGGCUCUGGGGGGAGCGAUCGCUGGGCUCAGGCCCGGCAGCAGGAAGUGACUCGCAGCCGCUGCGGGGACUCUGGCUCCAGGCUCCUGGCGAGAUCCCCGAGCCCCGGCGGCUGGUGCUGGGAGCCCGGAGCCCGGGCUGCAGCCGGGAGAGGGGAAUCUCCAGCAGGGCCCUUCCCGCUGCUCCCCAGGAGCCUCUCCCAGGGCAGAGCCCCCAGCCCGGCCAGGCCCCUUCCCGGCCCCUGCCCCAGGGGGCCCCGCUCGGAGGGAAGAUGCCGGUGAACUUUGAGGAGGUGGCUGUGUAUUUCACCCAGGGGCAGGGGGCUCUGCUGGACCCCGCUCAGAGAGCCCUCUACAGGGAUGUCAUGCAGGAGAACUACGAGACGGUGACCUCGCUGGGAUUUCCCAUUCCCAAACCUGAGCUCAUCGCCCGGCUGGAACGAGGGGAAGAGCCAUGGGUGCCAGAUCUCCAGGCCUCGGAGGAAAGGGAGAUCUCAAGAGGCACUCGCACAGCAGGUGCUGACAGAGAGAGUGAGAAGGAGGAGGAGAGUCAUCAUGAGCAUGUUCCUGGGGAAGUGGAACCACAGGGGAACUUUGUAGGAAGAGCUGAAGGGAAUUUUUGCAAGUGCUUGGAAGAGGGAGAAGCCUGGGGAAAUUGGCACAGGUCAGAGAAGCUGCUGGGAAACCACCCAAGGAAGAAAGUGGAUGAAUCUAUUAAAUGUGGGGGAGGAGACAAGGAUCCCAUAGCCCAGCAGGUAAAUCCCAAAGAAGAGAAACCCUACUACUGCCUCCAGUGUGGGAAAGGAUUCAUUCUGAGAUCACACCUUGUGAUACAUCAGAUAAUCCAUACUGGACAGAAACCCCUUCAAUGCUUGAACCGUGGAGAAAGCUUCAGUAACCGCUCAGACCUGAAUAACUAUGGGAGAAACCACAUGAGAGAGAAACCUUAUCAAGCUCUUGAGUGUGGGAAAUGUCUGAGUUGCAAGUCAGCACUAAUUACACACCAAAUAAGCCAAACACGAGAGAGACCCUAUAAGUGCUUAAACUGUGGCAAAAGUUUCACGUGGAGAUCAUCCCUUGUUAAGCAUCAGGCAUUCCACACUGGAGAGAGACCCCAUAAGUGCUUGGACUGUGAGAAAAGUUUCAUACAGAGGUCAGACCUUGUUAAACAUCAGGCAUUCCACACAGGAGAGAGACCCCAUAAGUGCUUGGACUGUGAGAAAAGUUUCAUACAGAGGUCAGACCUUGUUAAACAUCUGGCAAUCCACACAGGACAGAGACCCCAUAAGUGCAUGGACUGUGGGAAAAGUUUCACACAGAGAUCAUAUCUUCUAACACAUCAGAUGAUCCACACAGGAGAGAGACCCCUUAAGUGCUUAGACUGUGGAAAAAGCUUCAGAGACAGAUCAGCCCUUGUUAAACAUGAGGCAAUCCACACAGGAGAGAGACCCCAUAAGUGCUUAGACUGCGGGAAAAGUUUCAUUCAGAGGUCAGACCUUGUUAGACAUCAGGCAUUCCACACAGGAGAGAGACUCUAUAAGUGCUUGGAUUGUGAGAAAAGUUUCAUAUGGAGGUCAGACCUUGUUAAACAUCAGGCAAUCCAUAAGGGAGAGAGACCCCAUAAGUGCUUGGACUGUGAGAAAAGUUUCAUACAUAGGUCAGACCUUGUUAAACAUCAGGCAAUCCACACAGGAGAGAGACCCCUUAAGUGCUUAGACUGUGGAAAAAGUUUCAGAGACAGAUCAGCCCUUGUUAAACAUCAGGCAAUCCACACAGGAGAGAGACCCCAUAAGUGCUUGGACUGCGGGAAAAGUUUCAUUCGGAGGUCAGAUCUUGUUAGACAUCAGGCAUUCCACACGGGUGAGAGACGCCAUAAGUGCGUGGACUGUGGGAAAAGUUUCACACAGAGAUCAUAUCUUACAAUACAUCAGAGGAUCCACACAGGAGAGAGACCCCAUAAUUGCUUGGAUUGUGGGAAAAGUUUCACAAACAGGUCAGCCCUUGUUAGACAUCAGGCAAUCCACACAGGAGAGAGACCCCAUAAGUGCUUGGACUGUGGGAAAAGUUUCAUACAGAGAUCACACCUCAUUAAACAUGGAAGAAUCCACACAGGAUCUAAACUUCUGUGACACAUGGCCAGAAAGGGUUAAGAAACUUGUAGGCUAAUUGACCCGGAUCCAACUUUUAGAGACAUGUUUGAAAACUAUAAAAGGUCAUUAGGGCUAUUCCACCUUAGAUAGACUUGAAAUGUAAACUUUUAUUGUUGUGGAAGAAACAAACUCCACUCUCAGGUUGGAAGCAACAAAAUCAGAGACAGCUUUAUUCAGGACAUGCAAUUGCAAGGGAAAAACAUCACUGACAGAGAGCAUCUCUGCCUCAGUUUCUUCAAAGUACAAGCAAUAUCACACAAGCAUUUAUACAUUUUAAUGGCAUGCAUUAAUUAAAAACAUCUGCAAUUUGUUUAUGUUAUGUUCUGUCCAUUCCUGUAUUUUCACACUUCUGUUUUCAAAACAUCGCUAUCUCAAGGCUGGGUCACGCUGACUCUACUGUUUCUUACUCGCUUCUGACAUGAGCCCUGCUGCUACAAGUCUCGCUAUAUUAGGCUAAGACUUAGCAUGACAGUUGCUCUAUUUCUUACAACUGAGAGGCCCAUAUUUAAAUCCUUUAACCCUGUUUCCACAUUGUUAAAGACCUGGAGGAAGAUGGUAACUGUAGUAGUCUAUGUUUACCUUUAUCUUGAUAGAGGUAAACAGUAUAAACAAAUGGUUCCUGUCUAGGGCUGUAUUCUGUUAAGUCAGAGAUCAAAAGGGAAUAUUAACAUUUAGAUGAAACUUGGCUGUAAUAAUGUCAUUGUCUGUAUGUCUUUUUAAAAUUUGUGGUUAACAGUCUAUGAACUGCUUUAUGGAUAAUUACCUUAUGUUAAUCCUUGUAAUUAAUUACCUGUGACGUUUAGGAAAUAGAAGCUUACUUCAAAAGCCUAUUGUUCACCCAAGGACUGCCUGAUUUAUGCAGAAAUCUGUAUAAAAACUUUUGGGACCUGAUCCUUUUAUCUCAGAUCUUCUAAAACUUUAUUCGGGGGGGAGUUUUAGUCGUAAGACAGAUCUCCAGUCCAGCUGGACUGCCCUGAUAUCGAACAUUUGGACACUGGACUAUAACCUGAUAAAAUGAUUCUGAAACAGACUCUUUGCAAUUCUGAAGACCAUCUCUACAGUGAAACUGCCCUAAGGACUCUAUUCAUGUCUGAAUGUAUAAUGAUCUUUUAACCAAUACUCUCUCUCUUUUCUUCUUUUAAUAAAUCUUAGUUGAGUUAAUAAGAA